AUGUCAAAACAGAAACCACAAUCAACAUAUCAGUGUGAUAUCUGUAAAAAGACUUUCAAUCAGAAAUGUAGUCUACCGACUCACAGGCGUAUUCAUACAGGAGAUAAACCAUUUCACUGUGAUAUCUGUGGUAAAUCAUUCUCUCAAAAAGUUAUCUUAGUUAAACACAUUCGUAUUCAUACAGGGGAGAAGCCAUUUCACUGUGAUAUUUGUGGUAAAUCAUUCUCGCAAAACGAUUACUUGACCAAACACAAACGUGUUCAUACAGGGGAGAAGCCAUUUCGCUGUGAUAUUUGUGGUAAUUCAUUCUCUCAGGGAACUGCCUUAACAGUACACACGCGUAUUCAUACAGGAGAGAAGCCAUUUCGCUGUGAUAUCUGUGGUAAUUCAUUCACUGCAAGUAGCAAUUUGGCUGUACAUAAACAUAUUCAUACAGGGGAGAAGUCAUUUCGCUGUGAUUUCUGUGGUAAAUCAUUCUCGCAAAACGAUCACUUGACUAAACACAAACGUGUUCAUACAGGGGAGAAGCCAUUUCGCUGUGAAUUCUGUGGUAAAUCAUUCUUGCAAAAGAAUCACUUGACCAAACACAAACGUGUUCAUACAGGGGCGAAGCCAUUUCGCUGUGAUUUCUGUGGUAAAUCAUUCUUGCAAAACGAUCACUUGACCAAACACAAACGUGUUCAUACAGGGGAGAAGCCAUUUCGCUGUGAUAUUUGUGGUAAUUCAUUCUCUCAGCGAACUGCCUUAACAGUACACACGCGUAUUCAUACAGGAGAGAAGCCAUUUCGCUGUGAUAUCUGUGGUAAUUCAUUCACUGCAAGUAGCAGUUUGGCUGUACAUAAACGUAUUCAUACAGGGGAGAAGUCAUUUCACUGUGAUUUCUGUGGUAAAUCAUUCUCGCAAAACGAUCACUUGACCAAACACAAACGUGUUCAUACAGGGGAGAAGCCAUUUCGCUGUGAUAUUUGUGAUAAAUCAUUCUCUCAAAAACGUAGCUUAACUAACCAUAUGUCUAACCAUACAAAAGUCUGACUCUGUCAUUCUCAAAAUUCAUUGCAUCUUUAACUGGUUAAGGUGUCUCUUAUUUUCGAAAUGUUGUCCUUUAAUUAAGUACAUCAUGUUACCUUACCCUCUGGUCACACAGUCAUCCUCCCAACCUUCUUUACCAUGUUUGUACAUUUUAAAAUGAACUUUAUCUCUGACUUCAAAAUGUUUUGUAAUAUUUCUUGUAUUACCUUCAAAUGUUUUUUUCAUCUUUGCUUCAUAUGUAUGUUAUCCUGGCAAUAAUUUAUCGAAGAUCGAUUUUAUUUUAUGCACAAACAUGAACUCUGCUGGUGACUUCCCUGCAUUAAGUAUUUGGAUUUCAUUAGUGCUACCUCAUUAUCUCACUUGAUCCUAUCUUUUCUUAGAGCCCUUUUAAACGUGUCGAUGAAUCUCUGUGCCUACCCAUUUGACCUCGGGUGGUAGUACAGGGUAAACAUGUUCUUUAUGGCAUGUAUUUUGCAGAAAUUUCUUAAUUCAUAUCGUGUGAAUUGUGUUCCAUUAUGUGAAACUAACGUGUCUGGAACACCGUAUCAAGCAAAUAACUCGAGUAGGGACUUUGUUUUUGUCUCUGGAUAAAAUUUACAUAACUGUAAAUGAAUGCAUUUUUUGUCCAUUAAUUUCUCAGAAAUGCAAACAAGAUUUUCAGUCAGCAUGCAAAAACUACAUCAAAUCUACAGGUUUUGAAAAUAAUCUGGUGAAAAUUUGAAAAAUACUUGCAAUGUUUGAAAUUGAUUUAUUGAGAAUUUAAUGAGAUCCCAAUAAUGAUCAAUUUAAGGUAGCAUGGUAUACGACUGUCUUGAUAUCAAUAUGCCAUGGCGUGUUGGGUCACAACCUCUCCAACUGGAAAAUGUUGAUGCACGCAAUAAACAUCUUAAAUAAUGUGGUUCUCCUACUUUUGCUGUGACAACAUAAACAUGACAGAGUGUUUCUUUUUUGAAAACAUUCAAAUGGCCUUCGAUUUUUUUGCCUUGCUUUCUUCUUUGCUGUUCUUUGUUCCUACUGUUCCAAGCAAAAUACAUGGGUGCUUCAGCUUAAAAUACUGUUUCUAACAAAGUCAUUGUUCGUUUUCAUAUGUCAUGCAUUGACAGCCAUAUAUAUCCUCAUUAUUUCUGAGCAAUAUUCUUUGUUCAUCUGGUAGAUGAAAUUUCAGUCUUACUAUUCCAGAUACUCUUUCAUGAACUGAAAAUCCUAAAAUGGAUGCAACAGCUUCAGAUUAUCCAAUAUACCUACCCCUUAGAUGUCGACUAAUUUCAUUAUCAUUAUUUGAACAGCAGCUGAGCCAUUCCCUUUCAGUGUGUACUUGAUGAUAUACUUAUUUUACCUCACUCUGGCAAAGAUUUCAACAUUGCAGUGGCAUUUGAAUGCUCUUAAAAGAGUUUCAUUAUAAGAUACAACCCAUUUGUUGUUUGUUUUUCUAUUCUUGUGUGAUUUCAACUCCUCCCAUUGCAACUGAUCUUCAUUUGUAAAGAGAUAAUCUUUUUUUCUGCCUUUUGAUUAAGAUGGUAAAGAUUACUAUUUUAUUUUAAAUAAAAUCUUAAAAUUAC